GUGGUCCCUGCGUCUUCACUGUAAGCAGCCCUCCCACUCUCUCUUCGUUGUGUUCGCAGUUAACGAAAUUUAUCACGUCUUAUGCUCGAACUUCGUGAUCUCUGCAGCCUCAGAUUACCCUCUUGACUCACAGAACUCAUUCAACAAAGACAGCCCUAACUUGACGCGGUAAAAAAACAAAAAGAGUUCGUUCCGUCCAGGGAAUUUAUUCUACAAUGACCGAGCCGUCGAGGGACUUGGAAGCCGGUGAGGGCAAUGAAGCAGACAUUGAGGAUGUGGAGGACACAGAAGACACCCGGAAAGCCAAGUUGACGGCAGACCUGAUGAAAGACCCCAAGGUGCUGGCGGCCCUUCAGUCCAAGCUGGGGAUCAUGGUGGGGGCCAGCUCGGGCUACAUCGAAAACCUCCCUGCCUGCGUGAAGCGUCGCAUCAAGGCCCUGAAAAAGCUGCACGUGGAGUGCUCUAAGGUGGAGGCGAAGUUCCAUGCCGAGGUGUACGCCCUCGAGUGCAAGUAUGCCAAGCUCUACCAGCCCUUCUACGACAAGAGGCACCAAAUCACGGUGGGCAAGGUGGAACCGACAGACGAGGAGUGCGAUUUCACCACAGACUCGGACAAAGAAGAGGACGAGAUUUCGGAGGGGAUCAAGAAGGCGGCCAUCAACGAGAAGGGGGACGAAAAGAAAGACGAGAACGUGGCCGGCAUCCCAGAGUUCUGGUUGACUGCACUGAAGAACCUCGACCUGAUGGUGGACAUGAUCCAGGAACACGACGAGGAAAUCCUGAAACACCUGAUCGACAUCAAGGUCCGGAACUUGGAACCCAACUCUAUGGGCUUCGUGCUGGAGUUCCACUUUGAACCCAAUGACUUCUUCAACAACACGGUGCUCACCAAGUCCUAUGAGGUGAAGUGCGAAGUGGACGACGCAGAACCCCUGGCCUUUGAGGGACCGGACAUUGUCGGUUGCAAAGGGUGCGUGAUCGAGUGGAAGAAAGGCAAGAAUGUGACAGUGAAGACGAUGAAGAAGAAGCAGAAGCACAAGAGCCGGGGCACAGUGCGCUUUGUGACAAAGACGAUGCAGCGGGACUCGUUCUUCAACUUCUUCAGCCCCCCCGAGCAGCAGGGGGACACGCUGGACGAGGAGGCCCAAGCCCUGCUGGCGGCAGACUUCGAGAUCGGCCACGUGCUCAAGGAGCGGGUCGUGCCCCGGGCUGUCCUCUACUUCACGGGGGAGGCCAUCCAGGAGGACGACUAUGAUGAAGACGAGGAGGACGAAGAGGACGAGGAAGAGGAUGAUGACGAACACAAUGAGGACUUCGACGAAGACGAUGAUGCCGAUCCAGACUUCGUGCCCAAGAGCACCAAGAAAGGGGAACCACCAGCGGAGUGCAAGCAACAGUAAUCUAGUGAAAAGAAACGGAAAGCAAUCUUUUUAAAGGACAUUUGUAAUCUUUUCCUCCUCUCUGUAUGCCAGCUGAGGUCUUGCAAAAACUAAUUGACAGGUUUCCUUUCAAUUUCGCGCUUGCCCUUCUACAUGUUGCACGUCUACCGGAACCAAAUUGGAAAUAAACUUUGUUUACAAAUGCUGCA